AAAUGAAUGAAAAUCAAAAAAAAAAUUGUACGUAAAUUGAAAAGAAUUCAGUAAAGAAAAAAAAAGGGUUGGCCAUAUUUGGCCAUUUAUACCCAAUAUAGAUAUAUAUAUUAUUCUUUAUUAUUGAAUAAUUUACAAUGAAAUUGAAAUUAAUUUUACCGAUUCGGUUAACAACACAAAUGAUUCUAAGACAUUGGCUACUAUUACGACAUUUAUUCACAUUAUUAUUGGCCAUUACAAUUGGUCUAUUAUUUUUAAGCCUUUAUUUUAUUAAUAUUUAUGGCAUCAAUCCAAAUGGUUUAUCGUCAUCAACGUCGAUACGGACAGAAUCCGAUCAUCAUUCUAUUUUGGCUUUUAUUGACAAUUCUGUUGAACAACAGCAGCAGCAGCAGCAACGACAGCAACAAGAACAAGAAGAUGAUCCAUGGUGGCAAUGGUUUUGUCCAAAACUCAGCGACAAUGAUCAACAACAACAACAACAACAGCCAUUAUUACAGCAAACAAAUCAAUCCAUAUAUUUUGCUACUGAUGAUGAUGAUGAUGAUGGUGGUGGUGGUGGUGAUAAUAAUAAUAAUGAAAUUACAAUCGAUUCUCGUUAUACAAUUAUGGCCAAACAAAUGGAUGCAAUGAUGGCAAUACGUCAAAAGAAACGUUUUCGUUUCAUACAUAAACGUCUGGAUUCAAUGUUGAACAAGAUUAAAAAGGCAACAAUUGUGGAAUGUCCACAACAACAACAACAACAGGGACGAAUAUAUUUACCAUCAUCUUUAUAUCGUUUGAUGAAUAAUAAUAAUGAAAUGUUUCAUUUGUGGAACAAUCUAAAUAUAACCCUUAUGAAUAUGAAUCAAUGUGAUAUCAUUGUGAUUGAUGAUACAAUUGAUUAUCAUCAAUUAAUAAAAACAACAACAACGACAAUCAAUAAUGAUCAAACAAUGAUGAUGACAAACACCCAUUUAAAUAGUCGACAAUUAUAUCGCCAAAAUAUUGAACAAUUAACCCUUUUAAUUAAAAUGCCAGAUAUUCGAUGUAAUUUAUUUGAUUUGGUUAGAAAAUAUCCAGCAUUACGGCAACAGCCCUUAUCGCCGCUUUGUUUUACGUUGCCACAAAAUUUACAAAAAUUUCUUGAUGUUUCCGAUGCCUUAGGUUAUUCAACAAAUUGGACAUUAGAAUAUGGCCAUUAUCAUAAUAAUAAUCAACUAUCAUCAAUAAGUGAACCAUUACAGAUAUUUUCACAAACAGAUCGAUCACGAUUAAUACAGAUCAAUCGUUUAGCGUUACGACAACAAUCACAAUCAUCAUCGUUACAUACGAUGAUGAUAUCGACACCAUUAUUAGGUCCAAUAAUAAUACGACAACAUUUUAUUCAACAAGUAGUCCAUUAUCAUAGCCAACCGAUUAAAUUACGAAUAUUUGUAUUGAUCACAUCAUUGAAUCCAUUACGUGUUUUUCAAUAUCAAUAUGGAUUAAUAUUACCAUAUAAACAGAAUAAUAAUAAAUCACCAUCAUCAAAUAAUAAUAAUAAUGAUGAUGAUGAUGAUCCAUUGGAUAGUUUGGAAAAUUUUUGGAAUCAUCUACAACAAUCAUCGUCGAAUAAUGAUAUGAAAAUGGCACGUCAAUCAGUACAUCGUGUUAUAUUAUAUUCAUUGAUUCUAAUGGAAGUUAAUGAUCGUUUAUUGAAUUUACAAUCAUCACCAGAUGCCAUCUAUCCAUCGGCAAUACAAUCAUUUCAAUGUUUAAUAUUUGAUAUUGUUAUUCGACAUACGGAAAACUAUCAGGCAUUCAUUGUUAAUCUUUUAUCAAUCGAUCAACUUGAACAACUCGAACUUGGACAACAUGAAGAUAAAUUAUCGACAAAAUUAUUGAAUCAAUUUCAAUUGGAUACAUAUCGAUUGUUGGCCAAAUCAACACAAAAUUUGAAUGAUAAAAAUUUUGAUAAAUUUUCAAUUAAACUUCGUGAAUUGAUUGAUGGCGAUCAUUUUGGCCUUCUUGGCAUUAAUUGUCAUAUUUCACAUAAUGUUUGCCUUAGCCAACAGGAUUUAGAAUAUUUGAUUAAUAGCUGGAAUCAAAUGGAUCAAAUGAGGGACGUAAAUUUUGAAUCAAUUUAUCCAUAUCGAUGGCAGAAUAUGACUGAAUAUUCAAAUAUACGAGCUUUAUUUGAACAAAUUUUGCUCCAAAUUGAUACUACUACUACUACUAGUAACAGUGAAAAUAACAAUAAUAAUGAUAAUCAGAUAUCAAGUCAAACCAAGGAAAUGGUAAUGGAUAAAUACAAACAUUUUGAAUAUCAAACAGAAAGAUUACAUCCAGUUGUUGAAGCAAUGUUUGCUCAAAUAGUGGAAGAUAAUAAAUCUUCAUUGCCUUUGAAUGAUGUACAACAUUUUGAUGUACAUCAUGAUUUAACAAAUUUAAAUUGGACAACAAUGGCAACAAUAACCGGUGAUAAUCAUAAUAUUGAUAUUGAUGAUGAAAUCAUUAACCAUAAAAUAGAAUGUACAAAUGAUCCAUAUAGUUUAUCACAAUUAAAACAUUUAAAAAUUCUUUAUCCAAAUGAUCUGGAACUUCGACCAAAAUUUCAACCAUAUCAAAAACAUUAUAACCUAAAUCAACCAAUAUCAUAUGAUAAUAUGUUGAUACAAAUUGAUACAGAAGUAGCACAUUGUGAUACAUGGAUACGAUUAGAUAAUCAUUAUUAUAAUAUACAAUCAGGACGUUUGAAUUUUUCACUUGGUAUUGGUGAAAAUUCAAUAAGAUUAACAUUAGUGAAUAGAAAAUUAUCCGAUAGUAAUAUGGUGCUUGCUAUUUAUACGAUUGUGAUACAUAGACAAACACUUUUAGAAUCAUCAUCAUCAUCAUCAACACAAUUUAUUGAUUAUGAACAACAACAACAACAGCAACAACAACAACAAAAACAACAACAACAACAAUAUCAAAUAUGUAAUCUUAUACAAGACUGUGAUCUACGUGUAUAUCCAAAUGAAUCAUGUGGUUGGCAAUCAACAAAUCAAACUUGUACAAAGACAACAAUAUUGAAUAAUAAUAAUGAUUGUUUGAAACAAAUUGAUCAAAUAGAAACGAAAAAAAUCUGUCAACAUGGAGCUGAAAAUGGUCGAUGGCUAUUACCAUGUAUUAAUUGUACGAAGCUAAAUGGCUGUAUUUGGUCAGAAUUACAAUGGUUACCAUAUCGUUGUCGUUAUCGAAUACCAGUGGAACCAGAACAUUUACGAAAAUGUUUAUCCAAUAAAAAUAUUCUUUUGAUCGGUGAUUCAACCAAUCGUGGAAUAAUGCAUUAUAUAAUGGAACGUUUAAAUCGAACAUUAACCGAAGCGGAUAAAACACAUGAUCAUAAAUCCUAUCGUUUAAUCGAUCUGGAUACAACCAUUAAUUUUGCUUAUUAUCCAAAAUUUUGGUUACCACCUAAUCAACGGCCAUCAUUUGCUCAAGUUUUUCAUGAUUCAUUACAUCAAACAUUGCUUGAUGAUAAAAUGAUUGAACCGAUUAAAAAUAUUAUCAUCAUUGGCGGUGUACAAUGGAUAUCACGACAACAUCUUCAUAUAGCUAGACAAGAAUUACGAUCGCUUGGAUUUACCAACGAUUCUGAUGAUCAAAUUCGUUUGGUUGUGAAAACACUUGGAUCAGGAUUUCAUCAAUCGGUUAUUGGUGUACAUUAUAUGCCUGUGAGUGAACAAAUUAAAUUGGCCUUACAAAAUCAAUUGCUCAUUGAUGAAGCAUUACGAUUGAAUUUUGAAGUGAUCGAUACAUUCAAUAAAACCAUUGCCAUGUAUAAGGAUUUCUAUCCCGGUAAAUGUGCUUGCCAUUUUCAUCGGAUUAUAAAGGAAAAAACACCAGAUGGAACUAGUAUUCGUUAUCAUGUGGAAGGCAAAUUGAAUCGUUUAUAUUCGGAAAUUUUGUUGUCCCGAAUUUGCGAUACAGAAUCUUAAUCAAAUUGAUGAUUGAUGAUACAAAAAAAAAUUUUUUUUUUCUUUG